AUGAAGUACCGGACGGUGGUGAUGUACGUCGAGAUCGGCUGCUUCGUCUCCUGCCUGUGCGGCUGGAUCCUGGUGUGCUCCACGCUGCCCACGGAGUACUGGACCUUCUCCGAGGUGGGCAGCAUCGUGCUGACCACCUCCAACUACUACUCCAACCUGUGGAGGGACUGCAUCUCGGACACCACGGGGGUGUCGGACUGCAAGGACUACCCGUCCAUGCUGGCCCUGCCUGGGUUCCUACACGCCUGCAGGGCGCUCGCCAUCAGCGCCGUCAUCAGCGGGUUCUUCGGAGGCGUCCUCGUCCUCGUCGGCAUGAAGUGCACCAAAAUCGGCGGGUCGGAGAUCGCCAACGCGAGGGUGACCUUCGCGGCCGGGAUCACCUACUUGUUUUCAGGGUUCUGCGGUAUGAUCACCUACUCCUGGUGGGCCAGGAAAGUCAUCACGGAGUUCCUGGACCCAACUUACCGGGAACAGAAAUUUGAACUGGGAGCGGCUGUGUUCAUUGGCUGGGGCGGCUCCAUCCUCCUCCUCUCUGGAGGGACGGUGCUGACUUACUUCUCUGGGAAAGAAGGUCUCCCAAAAACGUCUUCGGCGAGGCCGCGGAGGCCGGCCACGUACGCCAGCGCCCGGACCCGACGGACCUACAUGCUGCCCGGCUCGUCCCCGAGAAGGACUCCGGGGCCGCCGCUGUUUUACGAAGGCAGGAGGAGCCGCGCGGCAACGAAGACCAGCCUGACCUUCAACAGGGACAGCUUUGUCUGA